AUGAACGUCGUAUUAAAGCCGAACGGCUGCAGUAUAACGGGAAUCAACUACCCUCUUCUGCCCGAUUCUCUAUGCCAUUCUCCAUCCGGUGAAUAUUCCCAGUUUAUCCCUGCCGGGCCUGGAGAUGUGCCUUCUGUGUGCUUUAGACAACUGGGUCCUCCCGCUCCGGGCAUCGGCACCGACACACAACCUCCUCUCCUUCCACCCCAGCUUUCUGUGACUAAUUGUUGUUUAUCUAUGGAGUUUCAUGCACGAGAAGUUCCGCAUUUUUACUUUUUCGGCUCUCACUUCAUGCUUUUAAGAUCUGGUUAG